CUAGGUAGUUUAAUAGAAGGAAGGGAUUAGGAACAUUGCAAUCCUAGAGAGCUAUGUCCCCUGGCAGGGUUUAAGUGUUGGGCUAUUGCGAGUUUGACUGACUUGAGUUAGUCUUCCAAAUUCUGAUUAACUGUAGUUGAACUGAAUUCAGAGCUUGCCCUUCAAAGCUGAGGACCAAAGGACACCGCUAACUUCUUCUUCUUUUUAUUUUAUUAUUAUUAUUUUUAUUUUUUCAAGACGGAGUCUCACUCCGUCACCCAGGCUGGAGUGCACUGGCGCACUCUCGGCUCACUGCAACUUCUGCUGCCCGGGUUCAAGCGAUUCUCCUGCCUCAGCCUCCCGAAUAGCUGGGAUUUGAGGCGCCUGCCACCGCGCCUGGCUAAUUUUUGUAGUUUUCAGCAGAGACAGGGUUUCACCAUCUUGGCUAGGUGGUUUUGAACCCCUGACCUCGUGAUCCACUUCGCCUUAGUCUCCCAAAGUUCUGGGAUUACAGGGGUGAGCCACCGCACCCUGGCCUGCUAACGUGUGAGCUAGUGCAGUCUCUGUCCAUAUCCUCAACUCCCUCUCUGCUAGCCCUAAGUACACUGUAGGCUCCCGCGUUUUUAGCGUAGCUAUACCUAUGAAUGGGCCAAAGAAUCUGAGGGCAUCCUACACAUUUCAAACGGUGGGAAUGGAGACUUCUCUUUCCUCCAGCAAAAUCUCCCCUCAUGACCGGGGGACUACCAGAUCUAGCUCUGCUAAGGGCCUCCACGGACGGAGUUGGCUUCCUCUCCACUCUCAGUGACCGAAAUCCAUUCUUUGUUCAUUCACCCUUGUGUCUACUCCGGGAGCCGCGCAGCGGACACAGUCGUGUUCCCUAAGCGUUUGCUGACUUAGUCAUCUGGCCCUCUCUGGAGUAGUUAUUUUGUACCUUGUACUACAUUCCUGCCUCUACCUCUCCGCAGUGCGCGCGGGGGCGGACUCACGUGCGCAGUCUCCCUAUGCGCUGGGAGGGCGUCAGCGGGUUUACAGAAACAAUGAAAGACGUAACAAUUGGCGCGCGACGAGCGUCCCUUGACUGACAGGGGCCCAGAGGACCGGAACAUCACUAAGGGUCUGCCCCAGCGACCAGGCCCUUAAGUCAAGGUUGAGACCCCCGGCCCAGACAGUCAGCGAAGCUGAGGGAGGCCGGCCUGGGGCCUGCCGCGCAAUGUUUCUGGGAUCCGCAGGCGCGGGGCGACAGUGCAGGCGCCGCCGCCCAGGCCAUGCCCACCGUGCGCCGCGGCCUGCUCACCGCGAUCUCGGUCUAGGAGGCGGCGGGACCCCGCACUUCUUCCUUGCAACGGAGCCCCUUUGGCCUGCAGGUCGAGUUCCAUAGGCGCCCGACCGGCUCCGCGCGCUUACAGGACUACAACUCCCGUGAUGCCGCGCGCGCCGACCGCUGACUGGCUGUGCAUCGGCGAGACUCGAGGGCGGGCCGCACGCUGUGCACGUGCGCACGGCGACGGCCGAAUGGCUGCGUGGGGCUGUGUGGCUGCGCUCGGGGCGGCGCGCGGGCUUUGCUGGCGGUCGGCGCGCGCGGCUGCGGGGCUCCCCGGCCGCCCUUCUCGCAGGUGCUAUGCUGUGGGCCCCGCUCAGAGCCCACCCACCUUUGGGUUCCUGUUGGACAUCGAUGGAGUGCUUGUGCGGGGCCACAGAGUGAUCCCUGCUGCUCUGGAAGCCUUCCGAAGGCUGGUGAACUCCCAGGGGCAGCUGCGGGUGCCCGUGGUUUUUGUUACAAAUGCUGGGAACAUCUUACAACACAGCAAAGCUCAGGAGCUGUCAGCUCUGCUGGGGUGCGAGGCUAAAGGACCUGCCAUCUGUCUCAUUAUUUCCCUCAACAGUUCUGUCUUCCUCUGCCCUCGCCUGUCUUGGCUGUCCCUACAGGUGGAUGCAGACCAAGUUAUCCUCUCUCACAGCCCCAUGAAACUCUUCUCAGAGUACCAUGAGAAGCGGAUGCUGGUGUCUGGGCAGGGGCCCGUGGUGGAAAAUGCCCAGGGACUGGGCUUCCGAAAUGUCGUUACCAUGGAUGAGCUGCGGAUGGCCUUCCCUCUGCUAGACAUGGUGGACCUGGAGCGGCGGCUAAAGACCACGCCCCUCCUGAGGAAUGACUUCCCCCGCAUUGAAGGGGUGCUCCUCCUAGGGGAGCCAGUCCGCUGGGAGACCAGCCUGCAGCUGAUCAUGGAUGUCCUCCUCAGCAAUGGGAGCCCUGGGGCUGGCCUGGCGACACCCCCCUACCCCCACCUCCCUGUCCUAGCCAGCAACAUGGAUCUCCUGUGGAUGGCUGAAGCCAAGAUGCCCAGGUUUGGACAUGGCACCUUUCUGCUGUGCCUGGAAGCCAUUUACCAGAAAGUGACAGGCAAGGAGCUGAGAUACGAGGGCCUGAUGGGCAAACCCAGCAUCCUCACUUACCAGUAUGCCGAGGACCUGAUCAGGCGACAGGCGGAGAGGCGGGGCUGGGCCGCCCCCAUCCGGAAGCUCUAUGCUGUGGGUGAUAACCCUAUGUCUGACGUAUAUGGCGCCAACCUGUUCCACCAGUACCUGCAGAAGGCAACGCAUGAUGGGGCGCCAGAACUGGGGGCCGGGGGCCCACGGCAGCAACAGCCCUCAGCAAGCCAGAGCUGCAUCUCCAUCCUGGUGUGCACAGGCGUCUACAAUCCCAGGAACCCACAGUCCACGGAGCCUGUCCUUGGAGGAGGGGAGCCUCCAUUCCACGGGCACCGAGACUUAUGCUUCAGUCCAGGGCUCAUGGAGGCCUCCCACGUGGUGAAUGACGUGAAUGAGGCUGUGCAGCUGGUCUUCCGCAAGGAGGGCUGGGCUUUGGAGUGAGGGCAGUGCGGUGGAGGUGAGGGGGUGAGCCUGGACCUGUGGGCGAGUCCCAUCAGCUGGGCUCUGGCCUGAUCACUGGGCUCAGGUCAGGGCUUGAUUCCCUUGCCACCCUUCUUGCUGCCCCAUGAGUGUGGCAUUACUGGUCACUUGGAAGAAGACAGUGGCUCUUCUUCCCUGCUGGGUAGCAUUUUGUAUGGAACGGUCGGAAUUUUCUGGGCCCAGUUCCCAUGUGCCUUUCCUGGCAGUCUAACCUCAGGCCAUUCUCUUCCCCCGUGUGCCUCAGUGUCCUUCUCACUUCAGUAGGGACUUCUGAAAUGGGGGAGGCAGUGUAGAAUACUGUGGACGUCUGUGCAGAGCCUUUGCUGGCACUGAAGGCAUGCAGCCUGUCGGCAGAGUGUCUAACACCAGAUGCUACUUUUUACUGUAUUGUAGUUUAUUGCCCGGAGAUGUGGGGCUUAUUUUUUUUAAUAAAAUAAUCAUCAUAAAUAUU